CUGGGAAGGAGGCGAGGCAGCGCCUGCGCACUUAAGCGGAGGAGAACUGAGAGGUGGAGUAGCUGUGGCGGUGCUGGCCUGAGCAGACGACUAGAGACAAGAUGCAGGACCCCAAUGCAGACACAGAGUGGAAUGACAUCUUACGUAAAAAGGGCAUCCUGCCCUCGAAGGACAGUCUGAAUGAGUGGGAAAAGGAGGAGGAAGAGGAGGAGCAGCGAAUCCUCCAGCAGUCAGUGGUGAAAACAUAUGAAGAUAUGACUUUGGAAGAGCUGGAGGAAAAUGAAGAUGAGUUCAAUGAAGAGGAUGAACGGGCUAUUGAAAUGUACAGGCAGCGAAGACUGGCUGAGUGGAAAGCAACUCAGCUGAAAAAUAAAUUUGGAGAAGUUUUGGAGAUCUCAGGAAAGGAUUAUGUUCAAGAAGUUACUAAAGCCGGUGAGGGCUUGUGGGUAGUCUUGCACCUUUACAAACAAGGUAUUCCCUUGUGUGCUCUGAUAAAUCAGCACCUCAGUGGACUUGCCAGGAAGUUUCCAGAUGUCAAAUUUGUCAAAGCCAUUUCAACAACCUGCAUACCCAAUUAUCCUGAUAAGAAUCUGCCCACAAUAUUCGUUUACCUUGGAGGUGAUAUCAAGGCUCAAUUCAUUGGUCCUCUGGUGUUUGGUGGUAUGAACCUGACAAGAGAUGAGUUGGAAUGGAAGCUGUCUGAGUCUGGAGCAGUCAAGACAGACCUGGAGGAGAACCCUAAGAAGCCCAUUGGAGACAAGCUGCUGUCCUUGGUGCGGGACUCUGUCCCCACGAGGAGGGACAGCGAUUCUGACUAAGGCUGCAGUGCUGUAACUUGGAACUUUCUUGAUGCGACCUACCACCUGUGUUUUGUUUUUUAACCUUUCUACAAUUAUGUUCUAAAUAUUUUAUAUUUGAGAAUUAAUUAUUGGUGGAAAUUCUAUUAAAUUUCUAGGAACUCUAAUAACAUUUCUUUAAAAAAAAAAUUCAAAUGGGCUAUCAAAUAUCUGUUUUCCCACAUAUUUUAAGAAGUCAUUAAAGUAUUCUCUAUUUUUUGACAUAACUAUAUAUAGAAAGGAAUAUGGACUUUUAAAAAUUAUAUGAAUAAAUUAUACAGUGAGAACUGCAAGCUAAGCUUAUUAAUUUCAUUGUUUAGUCCAUCAAGCUAGCAACAGAAAAUAUGUAAAAAUGAUCUCUAGAGAAAAAAAACUUAGUAUUUAUCCUAUUUAGAAGAAAUGAACAAAUUUUUGAUAGCAUUGUUUUAGCAGUAACUGACAGAUUUCAAUUUACUGCCAUAUUUCUUUGGUUAAUUUUUCUAGUUAAAAUAAUGUUUAUCUCGCACUGUUGAGAAACCAGCAAAUCUGGAUGAUUGUAAAAGGUCACAGUAAAUUCUUUGGGGGAAAUAAGUAAGACUUAAAUACCCACAAUAAGCAAAUUAUAUCCCAGUACAUCAAUAAAUAAAUGUAUCAGAAUGUUUUGUGAGUCAGAAUCCUGUUACCAGUUAGCACUUUUUUUUUGGCACUGGGGUUUGAACUUGGAGUGUCACACUUGCUCAGCAAGCCCUCUACCAUUUGAGCCACUCUGCCAGCCCCAGUUAGCACUUCUUGUCGAAUUGAUGUUGAUAGCUGAAAAACUAGGGAGAAUACUCCGUAAUAUUUGUAUUGAAUGAUGAAGCAUUUAAUGCUGAUUUGAAUCUUAAAAAUAAGAAUCAGAGAACACAGUUCUUUCAGUUUUUAUUGUAAAAUUUAUUUUUUGCUCUCAUUCAAAGAAUAACAUGUAGCCGUCACCGAUUUUAUCUGUCAGAAGUGUCUUAUUUAUUUUUCUGUUUUAUUUGAGCCAGCGCUGCUGAUAAACAGUUACAGAAAGCCUGUUUUUAUCUUGAGAUUUUAAUUGCAAGGUUGAAAAAGCUUGCUGAGUCCUGUCACUCAUGCUGGUUCUGUGUGGUUUCUAGGAGAGCUGCCUUGUUAGAUUUUCUGUUGGUAGCUGACAAUAUAAUGGGAAUGUGGGGGAAGAACAAAGGGAAGUUUGAUGCUGCGUUUGCCUGAGAGCCCGAAUUCACACACUUACAAGAAAAAGAGAGCUGUACUUGAACGUGGGCAGUGUCCACAGUAAUGUAGAACUCCAGCUUGAUUCUACCGUGGAGCCCAAGCAUGAUCUAAUUCUAAUGAUCACUGCAUCCCUUUGGUCUAAAUGCUCUAUAAUCUUGUCUUUAGGCCAGGUAAAGCCCUUAGUGAUUGAUAUGUCAUUGGUGGAGAUUUGAACACAGCAAGCUCAGGUGUCUGUGGCCUUGGUUAAUGAGCCCUGUCUGCUAGUGUAGCAUCCAGAACUUAGGAGACUGUUUCAGCCAUUUGAACUUGAUUUAGAAAAAGAGGACAGCAUCUUUAUCUUAAAAUUGGGAUUGUAAUUUGGAGCCUGACCCGCUAGUGUCUAUAGUUCAGCUAAUUCUUGGAGAUAUCCCGAUGGUAUUUUCAUUAUCUUUUUGUUUCCUUUGGAGCAUUAGAAAUACGACAGAGGUAAUGAAACUUGGCUGUAAGCAUUGAGUUUACUGAUUCCACAAUAGAAACAGAGAGACAAGGGAAACGGGCAAGAAGGCUGCCUGUACAUCAGGCAUUGUCUGGUGCUUGGAGGGGAAUGGUGUUAGGUGAGUACUAGUUAGCCCUUUCAGUCUUCAGUCAUUGGUGAAAAAUUGUUGCAGAAAAUUAGGAUACUAAAUAAUUGGGAGAAGUGAAAUGACUGAUCAAAUACCAUUGAAACUGACUUCUUUUGGGGGGAUAGGUUGUACACACCUGCUUCAUUGCAACCUCAGUGUACAUUCUCAAGCCUGGAGUUGCAGACAGCAGAGCCACUUCCCUUGUGGCUCAGAAGGACUUCAGGAAAGUUAUACUGGAAACAUGAGAUGGGAAAGGCUAUUUAGAAGGGCUUCCUCUGUCACUGCCUACGUUUUGUCAGUCUCUAGCUUUAAAUUCGGUUGGGGUUUGAACUUAGGGCUUUACACUUGCUAGGCAGGCACUUUACCACUUGAGCCACAACUCAGUCUAUUUUGCCCUGGUUAUUUUUG